GCCGGAUACUCCCACAAGAGGCAGAAUGAAAUCCUUCCUCCUCACCAUAGCUGCUGUACAGAUCCUCCACUGCUCAGGAAUACCGAGCCCGAAGGAUGCUCUGAGAGCGUCAGUUAUAAAACUGAACAGAAUCACCGAGACCACCAACCUGUGUGGGAUAACCAGGAGAAGAGUGAAGGAUAUUUAUCGCACAGGAAAAUUGUCCUACAAGGUGGAUUUAACAUUCUCUGUGAAAGAAACUGUCUGCUCCAAGAAUUCCGGACUGGAAUUUGAUGAUCCCAGCUGUCGCUUCUGUUCCAAAAAGACUGCGGAGGAAGGUUUGUGCAGAAGCCGCGUGGAAUAUUUUGCUGAUGAGUUGAUGGACAUUGAUGUGCAGUGUCGAGGUUUGAAGACAGUCGACAGUAAAAGUGGAUCAUUUGAGUCGACUGAAAACAGUAUUGAGGAACACAAUGAUGAUUCAAGAGGCCGCCACUAA